AGGGAAUAAACAAAAAAAAAUGUCUACUGAUUAUCCUUCAAAGUUUCCAAUCGCGUUGUUUUUAUUUCGUUUUUAUACAAAAUAACAACAAACAACAUGACCAAAGUCGCAGACAAUGUGAACCCCGAUGUCUACGAAAAGGGCUCCGAGCGAGAAAUCACUUCCACAGACCAGGAUGAGGAUGUUACCGACGAGUUUGACGAAAGAGAGAUUUUCGAUUUAAUUCGCAACAUUAAUGAUCCUGAGCAUCCGUUGACUCUGGAAGAACUGCACGUGGUGGAGGAGAAGAAUAUAGUGGUUAACAAUAAAGAGAAUACAGUAGAUGUGUCCUUCACGCCGACAAUUCCACAUUGCAGUAUGGCAACAUUGAUAGGUCUAUCAAUCCGAGUCCAGCUGCUCCGAGCGCUACCGAGCCGGUUCAAGGUAACAGUGUCAGUAUCGGAAGGCACGCACAUGUCGGAAGACGCGGUCAACAAGCAGCUGGCCGACAAGGAGCGAGUGGCGGCCGCUUUGGAGAACAAUAACCUUGUACAGAUUAUCAAUCAGUGCAUCGCUGUUAAAUAGGUAGUCUUGAUAAUAAAAACUAUGUAUAUAUUUUGACCUUGUAAUUCUGUUAAGAUUUUUAUAGGACUAUACACUAUUGUUUGAUUUGAUACACUAUUGUUAGUAUCAAUAGAGUAUAAUACCUAGGGGCGUAGUGCGACUAUCUAGGGGUAAUACAAGUGCUAGUGAGCAGCAUCGAUUUUAAAUAGUUCUUUGUAAAUCUUGUAUCAUAGCACUUGAUUUUCUCUGAUUGACAGAUGCACGUAUACAAAAGAAAGAGAAGCGGGAUGGUAGGCUUACCUUUUCUUUUAAAUACUACGAUUAGAUCCAAAGACAUAAUAUUUUUUAAGGGUUCUUUUUAUAUUCAUAAUUGUUAUGUUCGAAAUAACAAUUAAUUGUGUAUAAAUAAAACACGCUAAGUAGCUGUUGUCAGUGUUGUGUAUUGGCGGUAAAAAACAAAGUGAAGUAAUGUCACAUGUCACAUUAAGUGUCAACAUGAAGCCACAGACUAUACACAUUUUAUCUAUUAAUAAAGUGAGCAAGUACUAGGCCAAUAUAUAACAAUAAUAUUUGUUUUUUACCCUAAAAAACUUAACUACGUGUAGCAUAGCCAAAUGAGAAAAAUUCCAUAUAAAUUAGCUUGUUAGUUUUAUGCCGCCAACCCAUCUCAUACAAAGCAGGAGAUUGGGCUGCUGACGGCAAUAGAUAUUACCACUCUGUCCUGUUUCUUCUCAUGUAUUAUUUUUACACGUUACUCUUUUGUAUGUUUGGAUUUUAUGUGUUUGCCGAAUAAAUGAUUUCUUUCUUUCUUGUAUGAGCGAAACAAACGAUAUGUUUAUUCUGUCUCUUGGAUCCAACCAAAGUCGGACAAAAGUACUCCCCAUGUCUGUCCGUACAAACGCGAUAAACUGAAACAACUAGCAAAUGGAUUUUUGUAUGGCUUUCACCAAAUUGUGUGAGUAAGGUUUAAGUGUCUAAUUUAUUGUGAUUUUACCAGAGCAAAGACGGGACCUGCUGCUAGUUUAGUAUAAAGUAUCUUUCAUCUAGAUACAAGUAUUAAAAUAAAACCCAUGUAAAUAUUAUUACUGUGUGUACAAGGAGGAUGAUUUGAUCACAUCUAGCUGGAAUGUGGUUGGUAUUCUGCUCUACGCGAUAAAUUUUUAGCCAUAGUGCCCGUGUGUAUUGGAUUGAUGAACAUAUGUGUUGAGCAGUCCAUUAUCACAUAUGGCUAAAUCCAUUUAUAUCCAUUGUGGACAUGCAUUAUGAAAGCUAGAAAAGUUUAUAUUAGAGAUCCCCCACGAGGCUGACAUAGUCACACAAAGUAGAUAUAAAGUGAACUGAAGGCUUGUUAAUAUAUUUGAAAAAAACAAUUUAAUAAAAGUAAGUUAUAUUUUUGUUCAUGAUUGUGUUACAUUAUAAUUAUAUUUUGUGUUAAUAAACUAGUAAUUUACAUCA